GCUCUAGGUUGUCCACACAGAACAAUGGCUUCAACAUUGAAAAUAGCACUGUUUAUCUCCAUCUUCUGCAUCUUCCUUGUAUCACCAAUCACAAGCUCUAAGCCCCAUCCACUAGAUUCCCUCACUGCAGCCGAGCUCCUCCUGGUUCGAGCCGUUGUGAACCAGUCCUACCCUAGCUCGAACCACAAACUAACCUUCCAGUAUGUUGGGUUAGAUGAGCCAGAGAAACAACUUGUCAAAUCAUGGCUAUCAAAACCCACCACCAAACCCCCACCUCGCCAAGCUUUGGUCGUUAUCCGGCUCAAUGAACAAACUCAUGAAAUCAUAGUAGAUUUGUCAAAACGUUCCGUCAUCUCUGAUAAAAUCUACAAUGGAUUUGGGUACCCUCUACUUACCAUUGAGGAACAAGAAGCCGCAGCCGAUUUAGCACUAAAACAUGAACCAUUUUUAGCAUCACUUGGCAAAAGAGGGCUAAAUAUAUCUGAAGUUAUUUGCUCUACUCAAACAAUUGGCUGGUACGGAGAAGAGAAGACCAAAAGAGAGCUGAAAGUCGUAUGUUACUAUUUGGAUGGAACGGUUAAUAUGUAUUUGAGACCAAUAGAAGGGAUAACCCUGGCUGUCGACCUCGAAGAAAUGAAGAUAUCUCAGUACAUUGACAGAGCUGUUCCUCCAAUGCCAAAAGCCGAGGGAACUGAGUACCGAGCUUCCAAGCUAACACCGCCUCUUGGUCCACGUUUCAAUGGUGCUCCCCCAACACCACCGGGCCAAACGGGGUUCAACAUUGAUGGAAAUAUUGUCAGUUGGGCAAACUGGAAGUUCCACCUAGGAUUUGAUGGUCGAGUUGGUCCAGUUAUCUCUCUAGCCUCCAUCUACGAUGCUGAGAAGAGAACAUACCGUCAGGUGUUGUAUAGAUCAUUCAUCUCCGAGCUCUUCGUUCCAUACCAGGAUCCAACCGAGGAGUGGUACCACGUAACAUUUUUCGACUGUGGCGAAUUCGGGUUCGGUAUUUAUGCAGUUCCAUUGGAACCCCUCAACGAUUGUCCAGCCAACGCAGUUUUCGUUGAUGGUUACUAUGCAGGCCAAGAUGGCAAUCCUGUCAAAGUAUCCGAUGUAAUGUGCAUAUUUGAAAGACAUUCAGGGGAUGUAAUGUGGCGACAUACGGAGGCUGAGCUUCGAGAUCAAGAGGUCAGGGAGGUGAGACCAGAGGUUAGUCUUGUGGUGAGAAUGGUAGCGACUGUGGGCAACUAUGAUUAUAUACUUGAUUGGGAAUUCAAGCCAAGUGGAUCCAUCAAAUUUGGGGUUGGGCUAACAGGAGUGCUAGAAGUGAAGGCUGUACCAUACAACCACACAGAUCAAAUAAAAGAGGAAGUCUAUGGUACACUCGUAGCAGACAAUACCAUUGGUGUACACCACGAUCACUUUCUAACCUACCAUCUGGACGUUGAUAUUGACGGGGAUGCCAAUUCUCUUGUCAAGACUAAUUUGGUUACCAAACGAGUCACUGACAAGAGCAUACCAAGAAAAAGUUAUUGGACAGUUCAACAUGAAACAGCUAAGACUGAAGCUGAUGCAAGGAUUAAACUUGGCUUGAAACCAGAAGAGCUGGUGGUAGUGAACCCGAACAAGAGAACUAAACCUGGAAACAAAGUUGGGUAUCGUUUGAUUCCAGGAUCUGCAGCAGGGCCACUUCUAGCAGCAGAUGACUAUCCACAAAUCAGGGCUGCCUUCACAAAUUAUAAUGUAUGGGUAACCCCAUAUAACAAAUCUGAAAAAUGGGCCGGCGGACGAUAUGUUGAUCAAAGCCGAGGAGAUGAUACCUUAGCUGUCUGGAGCAACAGGAAUAGGGGCAUUGAGAACAAGGAUAUAGUCCUAUGGUAUACAAUGGGCUUUCACCAUGUCCCUUGCCAGGAAGAUUUUCCAAUGAUGCCAACAUUGAGCGGCGGAUUUGAGCUGAGACCAACUAAUUUCUUUGAGUAUAGUCCGGUGCUCAAAACCAAACCUCCUCAGCAUUUAAGUUGGCCUAAUUGCACUGCAUGAUCCUCUGUCUGGGUCCAUGUCAGAAACAUGAGUCUAACGGAAUAUAAAUGUUCCAAUAUUAGAAGUCUGUCCUUUUGGUGUAAUAAAGUAUGUCGAUCUUUGUAAUAAAUUAUGGUUGAAAGUCUAUUUAGUGUAAUCGAAAUUUUCUUUUAGCUA